UCCUGGCCUUACGUUGCCUUUCCGUGGCUCCUCCGCUCAUUUUGAUCGAGAGAGCACCCAACAUUGCCCCUCCGCUGGCUGCUUCCCACCGCUCUGGACGAGAGUUUUGUCCCUAGCUAGUUUUGUGUCAAGAUUAUUGUCGCCUUUCCGAGGAAACUGUUAGUUUGCUUGCUUGGCUUCCUGGAAGCUGUAUCCCCAAGGCCGUUGUCUCUCUCUUCAAGGUUACCAUCGUGCUGGAUCCUCACCCCACCGCUGUCGCCAGUACCCAUCUGCCACCAGGACGCUAGAUAUGCUCGUCGCAAUUCAAUCGUCGCUCACCAGAAUCAUAGAAUCGCUUGGCUUCUUGGUGGUGGUGGUCGAUUAUGCGCGAAGAUCAUCAAAACUGGGUUAAGUCUAAGGGCGAUAGUUUUAAACAUCAUUCGGAUCCGCUGCUCGUGCCGGAUGUUAAAUUCCAGAACGGUUCCAGCCUGCCGGAUUGUUUUCCAGGUUUCAGGAGCUUUGGGUGCGGUGUGAAGGUUGUGAGUUAGUUGCAGGGAGUGUGGAUCAUAUAAAGAGUUUCGUUGGAGUUUAGCAUUAGCGAUUCAGAAGUUGGUGGUAGCGAGAGAGAGGGAAGGUUUAGAUUCUUCACUGGUUUAUCUGUUGUCGCGGCUACGAAGACUAUCGCGAAUUUAAAGCUAGAGUGUGGAGCCAUGGAAAUCUUAUAGUUUGGUGCAGUUAGAUCCGAUCUUUACAGUCGCAAAGGAUACAUCUCCGUGUACGCCCUGCAGACUCAAGUGUAGCUUCCAAUUGUAGCUGUUUAUGUUGAUCCCCGAGCAUUGUGGGUGGAACUGAGCCUUGAGGGUUUUGCAAACGGAGCCGUGGGAUCAAGAGCAACACACGCUGAGAGUCUUUCGCUUAGGUCUUCACGAUGUUUCAGAUGAAGUCCAAAUAUAUGAAUCCGGGGAUUUCGAGUCCCGGGCCGUAUCAAAAUCGGGCACAGCCCUCCGUGUACGCGCAUGACAAACUGUCCCCACCCUACGGGAUUACUCAGACCAUGAACGGAGGCGACAUGGUGUCCUUGAGUCCAGCCGAUCCCAAGCCUCGCCUGCGAUGGACCCCGGAGCUUCACGAGCGCUUCGUAGACGCCGUGACCCAACUUGGAGGGGCUGACAAGGCUACUCCGAAAUCCGUGAUGCGCGUCAUGGGAGUGAAAGGGCUGACUCUCUACCAUUUGAAGAGCCACCUCCAGAAAUACAGGCUUGGAAAGCAGCUUAACAGAGAUCAGCAUCUUCAAAACAAAGAUGGAAGUUUGCAGCGAUCGAACUCUCUCUCAGAUGGUAUGCAACAAUUGAAGCCGCAAAACCUUCAGGAUGGCAUGCAAAUGAGUGAGCAGCUUCAGCUACAGCUGGAAGUCCAGCAGCGGUUACAUGAUCAACUAGAGGUGCAAAGGCAUCUGCAAAUGCGCAUUCAAGCGCAAGGGAAAUACUUGCAAUCCAUUCUAGAGAAAGCGAAAGAAACUCUUGCCAGUCACACGAUGGAGUCCCCGAGCUUGGAAGCUGCACACGCGGAGCUCUCAGAGCUGGCUACCAAAGUGACUACGUUGGGUAUGUUCCCUUCCGGCUUCUCCAACAUCAACAUGCCGGGGAUGGCGCAGCCUGACCCCCUCAUGGCUCUCCACCCGCAGCCUCGACAGCCAGCUCGAAACUCGGAUGCUUCCCCGCAGAAGAGCUUUCUCAACACGAACGCUGAGGACAACAAGGGAGUGUCCGGGAGUGGCGAUCCUCAAGGCGCAUCCGGUAACUACAUGAGUAACUCGGAGUUUGCCUUUUUCCAUCAGCUUCCAAAUGAUGCAUUCAGACUAACCAAUUGAAGCACUUUUAUUUCAAUCUAAGUCCUUCCGUUGAUCUGCAAGUUUUGUCUGGGAGACGGCGACGUGGGAUCAUGUGAAGUCAUUGCUAGAUUUGAAAUGUGUAAACGUAUCAAAAAAGAAAAACAGUCAUUAAGUAUUCAGAUCAAGGUUGCAAUUUAUAAGCUUCCUCAGCAGGGCUCAGCAGCUGGGGAUGGUGUCGCUGUGUAGAGUUGAGUUUGGGUUUUUUUUUUUUUUUUUUUUUUUUUUUUUUUCCCUUUAUUUCGAAAAACAGAUUAUAAAGGAUAGCAGAGAAGAGGCGAUUCGGUCUUAGGAAGUUCGCUUGCACACAGUUUGUGAGAUCCCCGAUCGGUUCUGGCCGCGAGCCGCCAACUGAAGUGGGUAUUCUCAUGAUUCUUGUUCAGAGGUUGAGGAUGGUGUUGGGUAGGGCUUUUCCACACAAUUUCAAGAAGAGAUGAGUGCUAACUGCCUGCACCCGGAUGGAUCUUACAAUGCUAAAUCCAACCAAUCUCGCCUUGCACAUGCCGCCGUCGCUAAUUCUACAACGUCAGAUGCUCUGGCGGGUAUCACUAUGUCAUCCUCAACUUAUUGUAAGUCAGUUGCAAGUUUCUGGCGAGUUAGCUCCUAUCAAAGCAUGCUGGAGUCUUCGUCGACGAUGUUCCGUGUUUUAACCGAGCCUAACGACAACAAUGCAAACCAAUUUGCGAACGCUAUGGUCACGGAGAUGCUGAUCCAGCAGCACCUCUUGGGAUCCACCAGUUGAGCAUCGACGGCGUGCCAAGUGGCCGGCUGGAUGGAUCAAUGCAUGCCGGGUUUGCGUCCUUGCAGGAUACGAAUGGAGGAGAAUUUGGACGAUUCGGUGCAGGAUGUGGAGGCGGUGCUCAGUCUCCUGGACUAGCAAAACCCAUCUCAUAAUCAUCAGCUUCUAGCAGUGUAGAGGUGGCCAGCGUGACUCAAACCACAGAUACGAGCGGCAAAUCUCCUCACGAACCUGUGCAGAUAUUUUUCCAGGAUCUCGCGUCCAGAUUGCCACAUCCGAAGCGACAAUGCCCCUUGAUGCUCCUAAACGGUGCCACGAAAACGUUCAUGUGGAGGAAGUGAGCUGGAGAACGGGUUGAAGCAUCUGUGGAGUAUGGCGUUCGUGCAAGAUUUCACUUACAGCAAAAUGUUUUUUUUGGUCUGCAGUUGUCGAUGACCUUAAAAACAGGCGCAUAAGCGGGACUUGGGGCGAUAGCUUGCUCAGUACAGACUCAACAAGCGAGCAAGCUAGCGAGGUCAAAUGUCAACCUCUCGUCCGCCCCACAGCCUGCGUUAGAAGCUUGAACAGAUCUUACGAUGGGGGUUGAAUGGUAUUUGUACAAUGAAAAUACAGGUAGCUCAUCAGAAUGUGUUGACAAUGUAGAUUGAGGGAAGGACUGAGGAAAGGACUGAUUGCGUUUAUCAGGUUCGAAAGGUAGCGUCGUCAUGCAGGAUUUCGAAUGUUCAAAGAUUCAUUCUGGAUGCAAUUUGGAUUAGUAACUGUACCAGUGGCUUGUAUUAUGAAAGACUAGCAUUUGUACAUGAUGUUAAACUUACUGAAUCGAUUGCAAAGACGUUCGAAUCCCAGCA